AUGAGCAAGUAUACCUAUGCCUCUCUCUCUCCAUCUCAAGCAAAGCACAAGAAGUACAAGUUAGUACUCUAUGACAAAGAUCAGAAGAGGAUCAAGACUGUUCAGUUCGGUGAUAGUCGAUAUCAGGACUUCACACAGACCCACAAUGAUCAACUUAGGAAGUACUACAUAGCGAGACACGAUAACGGUCGUGAGGAUUGGUCGGUCCCUGAUACCCCCGCAUCCUGCGCAAGGUGGAUCUUAUGGGAUCAGUACACAAAAGAGAAAGGAUUUGAGAACUACCUCAGGCGAUUCCACUUGAAGCGCCUAGAUCUGUCUGACUAG